AUGCCUGGAGCAGUGGGCGGGCCUGUGGGUUACACCCCUCCUGAGGGCGGCUGGGGUUGGGCGGUGGUGGUGGGAGCCUUCAUCUCCAUCGGCUUCUCCUACGCCUUCCCCAAGUCCAUCACCGUCUUCUUCAAAGAUAUCGAGGUCAUCUUCAACGCCACGCCGAGUCAGGUGUCCUUCAUCUCUUCCAUCAUGCUGGCUGUCAUGUACGGAGGAGGUCCAAUCAGCAGCAUCCUCGUUAACAAAUAUGGCAGCAGACCAAUCAUGAUGGUCGGGGGCUGUCUGGCGGGGACGGGGCUGAUCUGUGCCUCAUUUUGCAACACUGUAGAGCAGCUUUACUUCUUCAUAGGAGUAGUGGGAGGUUUCGGACUGGCGUUCAACUUGAAUCCCGCCCUCACCAUGAUCGGUAAAUACUUCUACAAGCGCCGGCCCAUCGCUAACGGCAUCGCUAUGGCAGGCAGCCCGGUCUUCCUGUCGACGUUGGCUCCCUUUAACUCGUGGCUGUACGAUGCGUUCGGAUGGAGGGGCAGCUUCCUGAUUCUGGGAGGACUCCUGUUCAACUGCUGCGUUGCCGGCUCCCUCAUGAGACCCAUCGGACCCAAACCUCUGCCGCCACCAUCCGCCGAGGAAAAAGCAGCGGCGCCUAAGAAGACCGCCCUGCAGACCAUCAACUCCUUCAUCGACCUGACGCUGUUCAAACACCGCGGCUUCCUGCUCUACCUCAUGGGCAACAUCAUCAUGUUCUUCGGCCUCUUCUCGCCGCUCGUCUUCCUCUCCAAUUACGCCAAGAGUAAAGACAUCAGCAAGGAAAAAGCCGCCUUCCUGCUGUCGGUGUUGGCGUUCGUCGACAUGUUUGCCCGUCCCUCCAUGGGUCUGCUGGCCAACACCAAGUGGGUCCGACCCAGAGUGCAGUAUUACUUCGCCGCGGCCGUCCUCUACAACGGCGUGUGCCACGUGCUGGCGCCGCUGUCGGUGGACUACACCGGGUUCGUGAUCUACGCCAUCUUCUUCGGUUUUGCGUUCGGCUGGCUGAGCGCCGUGCUGUUCGAGACUCUGAUGGACCUGGUGGGGACGCAGAGGUUCUCCUCGGCCGUGGGUCUGGUCACUAUAGUGGAGUGUGCGCCGGUGCUGCUGGGACCCCCGCUGACAGGAAGUUUCUUUACCUACUACGGAAGCUACGACUACACCUACAUCACCUGCGGCAUCAUCCUCAUGAUCUCCAGCGUCUUCCUCUUCGUGGGAAUGGGCAUCAACUACAGACUGCUGGCGCGGGAGAAAAAAGAAGAGGAGAGACGAGAGCGUGAGGAACCCAAGGAGGAGCAGGCGGCCAUGCUGGCGGCUAACUCGCCCACAAAAUCCAUCGAGGAGGGCGAGGACAACGGAGCGCCGGCCGCCGUCACGCUCGACGACGUCGCCAGGAUGGACGAGGACUCAGUGUAGAAAAAAAAUCCAAAACGACGGGACUCGAGAAAUUUUGACGCGCACACACCCGCAUCACACGCUUCACAGAAACACACACACGACUUCGU